GAUGCGUUCGCAACGUGCUGCCGGAAGCUGAAGCAGAACCGUGUCGGGUUUCGUUUUUUUCAGAGUGUUCCUUGUCCGGUGUGGUGUGCUGAGUGUUUGGAUCAGCUUCAGGAGUAGCCCACUUCCCUCGGGAUAUGUGGGAUCCGUUGGGGGAUGGGCGAAAAAAAGAAUGAUAAGAAAGUGAACUGAGAUAGUGUUGUGAUUUCGGGACCUUGGGCUGAUUACGGGUUUUUUUUUCGGAUACGGGCCGUAAGACUACAAUCGAAGGAAACGGGACAUCGCUGUUAUUAAAUGCUCGUUGGUGGGAGACGACACUUUCGCCUGAAAGUAUACUCCGUGUACCGUAGGAUACAGACCAAUCAAAACACCAUCAAAAGCGAGUGUUUUGCGUUAUAUCAUUAGGGACGGGCGUGUGCUGUGUGGGGUUGUUUUUGUUGUUGUGUUUUUUUUUUCAUUUCGUCCUCUCGGUGCGUUGGGUGAGGCAGGAGUCAUCUUUACUUUACUGCUAUAAAGAUGUUCCUAGAGCUAAGGAUCCGGUACUAGGAUCCGUAUCGUGCGACGCUGACAUCGCGGGAAAUGGUGUGUGAUGACACGGAGUCUCGCUAGACACAAAAAGCUACCCACAGGCAUGCCACAUAACAGUAGCUACGAUGGUGGUCGUAUGAUGCGAAAAGGGACCACCGUACCCCAUCUGUCGCCAGUUUGCUCCCAAGUGGCUACACUAGUGUAUAAGUGAUGAUGUGACGAGUUUGCAUUGUGCUGUCGCUUCAAGAUCCGAUUCUGGCGUUGAUGGGGGACAGAAUCAACUUUAAAAGGGGUGCUCGGGGAAAAGUACAGACGGACGGCUGGAGGAUGAAACGUUGUGAAAUAAUUAGAAAGUGCACUUUCGUAAUGAUUCCGUGGUAAAAGUUUUGCGAAUGUGACACACAUAGGUGGAUGAGAGAAUAUUUUCGAAAAUAAAUUUAUCAAAGUGAGUGAUAUUUCAGCGUCACCUGUGACUUGAGGGUUCCGUAAAAUUUAAGCUUCAACACAAUCUAAUUUUGAGCACGCGAGCAAUACGGUUCCAGAAUAAGCAGAUUGAGUGUUUAUUGUUGUAAAAGAAGCAGCGAAUAUUAAGAAAAACAACCGCAAAAAAAAGUUGCCGUGUUACGACAAACGGAGAGUGAAAGUGGUUUAACGAGACAAGCAUUGCCAUUGAGACAAAAACUUUACGAGAGCCAGGCGUACAGUCGUGGCGGUUCCAGUCUGCAAGAAAACAGGCAACGUCGAGCAUACGAGAAGUGGACUUGUAGUGUUGUUUUGCCGCGCUUUUUUUUGGGCCGGAAAUUGUGCGCGAGUGAUUUUUCCGCUACUGUGUUGCUGGAGAUCGUCCAUCGCGAGGAUCGGUGUAAGUGCCGGAUUUUGUUUUCGCGUGGCAAAUUAAACGGAUUUGAGGGCUCAGCAGGAAAAUCGUUCUGUUUGGGUGCGGUAGGAUUCUCCGAAAGAUUCUGUCUGGAUGUGUUAGUGGAGCAAGCCACCGUUUAGCCGACAAUAGCUGUUAAGGUAUCCCGGAGUCGUACGACCAUUCACCAGAUCAUCCCGUAGAACGCCGCCGGAGAUUUUUUCCUCCGCCAACUCGAACAACCGGGUGUGAGCUUCGGGCAGCAGAGAAACGCUAACCAUGACCAUCAGCGCCAUCAAUCAACAACAGUGCUGGCUGGAAAGUUACCGUUCAUUCGCCGUCACCGUCUUCGCAGUCAUCUUAGCAGGCAGUGCCGGCUUCUUGGUUGUGGCUGCGGCUAUCCCCACCCAUCGUUGUUCACCCUUCACCAACACCGCCAGCAGCAGCAGCAGUAGCAGCGGCAGUAUCCACAUCACCGGCAUCAACGUCAAUGGAAGCAGCAGCAGAAGCUAACUCACCAACCAUAUAGCCGGGCAGGGCAGUAAAACUCCUUUAGCAUAAAAUCAUGAAUUUCCACAAGGCUCCACCGCCCAGCCACGGGACCAACCCGCUCUCUAAACCCAACGACGUGUACGAUUACAUAUUCAUCGAUAGCGGCAGCCCUGAUUCGUACCUAGCAGGCGAGCUGGUCAGCAGCAUCGUGAACGACAGUCUGCUGCUCAAUGGCACCACACUCGGCACCAACGGAACCGAACUGGGUGGACUGGGCAACGGUACGGAGUCCGGGCUGGACGAACCACUCGGCGAUGUCAUCGUGAUGGCGGUGACGUCACUUAUCCUUGGACUGAUGAUACUAGUUACCGUUAUAGGAAACGUUUUCGUAAUUGCUGCCAUCAUACUAGAACGUAAUUUACAAAACGUAGCGAAUUAUUUAGUAGCGUCACUCGCCGUGGCAGAUUUACUCGUAGCCUGCUUAGUUAUGCCGUUGGGUGCUGUUUACGAGAUAAGCCGAGGCUGGAUUCUGGGCCCCGAACUAUGUGAUAUAUGGACGUCAUGCGAUGUUCUCUGCUGUACGGCUUCCAUUCUACAUCUGGUGGCUAUUGCCACGGACAGGUACUGGGCGGUGACCAAUAUCGAUUACAUGCACUCCCGCACUAGUCGCCGGGUGUUCACGAUGAUCUUCCUAGUGUGGUUUGCCUCGGUCAUCGUCUCGCUAGCGCCACAGUUCGGCUGGAAGGACCCGGACUAUCUACAACGAAUAGAGCAGCUCAAAUGCAUGGUUUCGCAGGACAUCGCAUACCAGAUCUUUGCGACGUGUUGCACCUUCUAUGUUCCUCUUUUAGUCAUACUAGUGCUGUACUGGAAGAUCUACCAAACCGCACGGCGGCGGAUACACCGUCGGCGGCCCAAGCUUCCGGUGACGGGUAAUAACAAUCAGGAAGAAACACCAAAAGCAACAAAAUCGAAAAUACGCUUCCGUCUGAAGAAGAAAUUUGGCAAUCCUGCCAAAUCGGCAGCUUCCUCGCUGGGGCUGGUGGAGGGCAACUCGACCAACACGGUCAACACCGUCGAGGAUACCGAGGGCAGCUCGAAUGCGGAGCGGAAGGCGGGUGUGGAAACGGUUUUCAGCAGCGAUGAGACACCGCCCACGGCCAACAACGGCAACCAAAUACCGACCGUUUCCCAUGAGGUGGCCCACCGGCAGCUACCCACUUCGCUGGAGGCCAACAAUAACAAUCACAAUAACAACAACAGCAACAGCCAUACGUCUUCAGGGAGCAGCACCGUCAAUCAGCUGACGGCCCAGCAGCAGCAGUCACAGCAUCCACCUCAGCCCAGCACGCUGCGAGCGGUUGGCAAUAAUUCCCUGCUAACACCCGUUCAAAAUUCACCUAGUUUAUCGGGGACGCUAGCCGCGGGCGUCCACACCGGAUCAACUCAGAAUAUCGCCAGUACUCCGAACCCGCACGCACAGGUUUCCAAACGAAAGGAAACACUGGAAGCGAAGCGGGAACGUAAGGCGGCCAAAACGCUGGCCAUCAUCACCGGUGCGUUCGUCGUCUGUUGGUUGCCAUUUUUUCUGACAGCACUGCUGCUGCCACUGUGCGAGUCCUGCUACAUCAACGACUACGUGGCGGCCCUCUUCCUGUGGCUGGGCUAUUUCAACUCUACGCUCAAUCCCGUCAUCUACACCAUCUUCAGCCCGGAGUUCCGGCAGGCGUUCAAGCGGAUCCUGUUCGGGACGCACCGGAGCACCACCUAUCGCCGCGGAAAGCUGUAAUACUGUGCGGGGUAGUAGGGUGGUGCCACUGGUGGUGCGCCCUCCUUAGACCACCGCGGUUCCAACUUCGGUGGUGCUGUAAAUAAUCUGCGAUACGGCGCGAAGGACCACGCUGCGAGAAGAUGCUGAUGAUGAUGAUGAUGAUGAUGAUGACGAUAGUUCAACCCCGGAAGCAAAAAAAAACGGCCAGCACAUUUGUGCAUGGGAUCCAUUUAUGGCCAUCAACAGUAAGACGAGUGGGAUUCGAACGGACUUUGUCAAAAAAACCACCACCUGUUGGAGUGCCAUGCGAAGGAUACCACUACUACUCGUCGUCGGGCGAGCGGGAUGUUCCAUCCAGUCUAUCUAUCUAUCUAUCUGUCUACGCUAUAGCUGGCAAGUAUGAUAGAAGCCAGCAGUGCCAGUAUAUGCCAAAUUUUAUUACUAUAUUUCCGGUCUUCUGUUUUGCUACUGAGAGGAGACUGUCCAUGGCGGUAGAACACAUCGGGUCAUGAAGUUGGUAAUAACCUCUGUAAAAUGUAAAGCGUCCGGAGGGGGGAAGAGGGCAGGGGAUUUGUGUACCAGAAUGGAACCAAACACUGUGUAAGUAUAUAAAGUUUCAAUGCGAAGGAUCUUCGUAUGCAAUGUGACAGGAUUUGAAAACACUCACAGACACAAAAACCAACUUGGGUAAAGGAUUUGUCUAGUAGGUAAGGUAGGCUAGAGGAUUUGAAUUAUGUACAGUGUAAUCAAAGCAAAUAUUAAAACACAUGUAAACAGAACCUGUCGGGUGUCCCAGGUAUCGAAGUGCUAGAUUAAGCCGUGUUCAGAGCAACCAUUAUUAGACUAAUCUGUACAAUAAUGUAAAUACGUGGAAGAAGCUGGCGUUACAAGCCAAUUACGAUCGUUAUCAAGGAGUCCGCUGAAGAUAAGGGCGAAAGCAGUGCGAGCAAAAUUCUUGCUCAUUAAAAAUAAUGAGAACUACCUGACGAAAAAAAAACCGAACCAACACGAUUGUGGCGGGGCGGCAUGCGAUGAUGUCAAACGAGUCUUUGCUAAACUCAACGGAAGCUACGGCACACCCAGCCGGCCGGCGGAAGAGCAACCGAGCUAUGACAACGCAGGGACUGAAAAAAGGAGCGAAUCGUUUACUGCGGAAGUAGAUUGGAAAAAUGAAAUCCAAAAUUAAUAAAUUUUCGCACCGCGUUGUCGGUGGUGGUGGGCGGCUGCCCACCGUUGCUUUAUCGUGCCGAUGGGACACAUAAAUGUCAAGUGCUGGCGGCGAUUAGGGGAAAAAUCCAACACUUUUUUUCCGGAUUGCCUUUGCCAUGGUUACCGUGUCUCAUAUCUAGUAUCUGGGAAUCAAAUUCAAGUUGGCCUUGCCUGGCGUGACGUUAGUCGUCAGGAUUGCCAAGAAUAGCACGUUUCCUUAAAGUAGGAUGUAUUUUGGGAAAAGCGAACCGCUUCGCAGGUGAAUGGUAGGCAUGAGAUUUCUUGCUAAAAAGAAAGUGAAACCUUGACGUCAGCUGUUGGCACAAGCUCAUCCAAGUAGCUUUGCCUGAUUAUCCCGAAUAUCCGGUUUGACAUUUUAGUGAGAUUUUGAAACAACCGAAUAAGUUUGAUAUUUUUUGAGUUUGUUGAACAGAGUAUUAAUUGAAAAGUUUAGAGGUUUUUAAUUUUAUAUCACUUGAAAUUAGAUUUUUGUUAAUCUUUUAAAUCUAAGAGGGGAGCAAUUUUUAGACUAAUUUUACUUAAACAUACAGAUAGAUAUGCAAGAAGGACUAAUUGAGUUGUAUAAACACUAAGGGGGAAUGUUUUUAACAGGAAAGUGAAUUAACCUAUCAGAGACAGAGAGGGCGGACAAAGUUAACAGCGAAGGAGAUGGUAGAUGAAAGAUUAUUUACCCAACUAACAGCCUGAUUGUUAACACGUACGUUAAGUACGUGGGAAUCUGAUUGCCAUAAGUACACAGCGUGGUCUGAGAUUGGGCAGAUCCGGGUUGCAUGGUAAUCAAGAAAAGAAUACCACCUCAUUCUCGCCACUACAGUGCCAUUGAAAAAAAAACAUUUAUCCUCCUUGAUGGUUUAAUAAAAUGCUCUCCAAUUUGUAACAGUAUUUAUUAAGGUGAUCGAUUGGUUCUCCUCCACUCGUAACAAUGCAGUUGCCCAGAAAGUAAAUUUAGCUGAUAUUUUAACUUUAUUUAACAAUAUGUUUAGUAAAGUUUUUUUAUUAUUUCAAUUAUAGAAGUUUUAACCUUAAGGUCAUUUGCCUCUUCGGGUUAGAAAAAUCGCUUAUGAAUAAUUCCUAACCCUAUGUGCGGGGUCGAGACUCGAACCCAGGUGCGCUGCCUACAAGGCAAUCGAUUUACCAACUACGCUGCGCCCACCUUAUUAUUAGUAAAGUUUUUGUGCUUUGCAAGACCCUUCUUUUCGUUUAAACAGAAGCUAUGGUGGUUCUGAUUUUAGCAAGAUUUGCAAUGGAACUUUUUAACGGUUCGAGAUAGGGCUUGAUUGCCUUCGAUAAAGUAAAUGUAAGCUUUAGGGUGUUCUUUAAAAACCGGAUUCAUUUCUAUAAUUUUUGUAGUUUUUAUUUUACACUAAAGUACUCUUUGGAUAACUUGAAGAUUAUUUUACGGUGCACAAUUUGUUUUUAUACGCCAACUACUAAACUUGUUCCGUGUCAAAGUUAUGAGAGCAUUUACCUACAUAAAAAUAUAACUUCAUUAAAUAGUAUUAAGUUUGA